UUGAUAAUUGAAAGAAGUUGAAAGCUUGCGAUUUGUGAUUGUGAAUAUGAUAAUGUAAAAUUGUUUCAUAGUAAAUAGUAAGUAAUUACAUUUUGCCCAAGAAAUUUCAAAAUACAAUAUCAAUAAUAUGAAGCAAAUAUCCUACUCAAGUAUCCUGAUCAUUGUUUGUUCAUUUGCUUAUGUAUCAAAUGCAAUUAAUUCUGUUGAAGAAGAUAUUGGCAGCGGAAGAUAUGUUAUUGAGGGUCGCGUCAUUCCGCCUGAAGAACAGGAACAAAGGAAUUGGCAAACACAGACACGGAUUCAUGUGAACGGCGGGGAAUACAUCGGGUUCAUUAAAGAAGAUGGAUCGUUCGCAAUCCACAACGUUCCCACUGGAUCGUACGUGGUAGAAGUUGUUAAUCCGGACUACAUGUAUGAUCCGGUGCGCGUGGAAAUAAACUCAAAAGGGAAAUAUCGUGCAAGGAGAGUGAAUUAUAUUCAGACAUCACAAGUAAUCCAAGUACCCUAUCCACUUAGAAUGAAAGCCUUGUCUAGAUUCAGAUAUUUCCAAAUACGCGAACAGUGGAGGUUGACCGACUUCUUAUUUAAUCCUAUGGUCAUUAUGAUGGUAUUACCACUUCUUCUCAUCAUGGUGUUGCCAAAAAUGAUGAAUGAUCCUGAAACGAAGGAAGAUUUGAAACAGAUCACAAAUUUGGCUAAGAUGUCAGAAAUGCCUGAGAUGUCAGAAGUAUUUACAAACCUGUUCAGUGGAGGUGCUACUACCAAAGCCUCUACAUCCAAAGCUAAGCAAAUUAAGAAGCGACAAUGAAAUUGUUGUAAUUGUAUUAUAGGUUAUAUUAGUUUUCUUGUUUCCUAAACAUUUAGUUAACAUUAAAUUAUUUACAAGUU